GACGCACUCACGGCCACAUCACACUUCCGGCGGGUAGGGGGAGAAGCGCCGGCACCCUUCAGGGACGGGGCGAGGAGGGGCGCAUCGCUCUCAUUGGUGGAGAAUGCCCAGAGGGGACGGGGCGAAGGGGCGACGCACUCCGCUGAUUGGCUGCCGCGCGGCGGCGAGGCGGCCAUGUCGUGCGGGCGGAAGCGGCUCGCGGCGGAGGCGCGGCAGCGCGGAAGGAGGUAUCUGGAAAAUGGAGAAAACUUUGAUCAGAAUUCAUCCAGUUUCUGAUCCAGAAGCAGUAUAUUUUCUACAAGUAUCAUGGGAAAAAGAUAUAAGCAGUGGCUUUGGUAUAAUACUUACCGAUGGUGAUUGUGCAUGGACUGGGACAGUUUCUGAAGCUGAAAUUUCUAGGGAGGCUGCUGACAUGGAAAUGAACAGAGAAAAAUAUGUUGAAGAACUGAAGAGAGCAUUGAUACUUGGAGAAGAAUCAGCUGGUAAAUACAACUUCACUGUUUCAGUGAAUGAAGAAAAUGCACAGUGUCAUUUCUCCUAUGAAAGAAAUUUGAAAGAUGGCUCUUUUAGACUUGGAUCUCUGAAGCUACAGAAAGUUUCACGUCCAGCUGAUGUGGUUAAAGAGCUGAUUGGCUAUUGUCUGGACUGCUUAGGAGGACUCCAGGUGAAAAAUGAGCACCUGCAAAAAGAAAAUGAGAGGCUUUUCUGUGAUUUGAGUGAUGUUGAGAAAAGGCUGGAAAAAUGUGUAGAAGCUAAAGAAGAACUGGAGGCAGAUCUUUAUAAUCGGUUUGUUUUGGUGCUGAAUGAAAAGAAGACGAAGAUAAGAAACUUGCAGAAAUUGUUGAAUGAAGCUAAAGAAUCUGCACUGGAUACCCAAUGCACAAGGGAUAGUAUAGCUACAACACAGUUGGCAACAGAGAAAGAAGAUGACUAUGAUGGCAGCACUGAGGAAGAAAAUGAAAAUUUAAUUCAGUCCUCAUUACCAUCAGCAGCACCAGAACGAAGAGAUUCCCUACUGGGUAGUCCCGAUGUCAUCAGUACUGCUCCAAGACGAAAGAGAAGACAAAGAACAAUAAAUCCUGCUGGGACAGAAGCUAAGAUAGCAACUUAUGAGACAGAAAAGCUGGCAAAGGAAAAACCUGAUCUCUCCUCACAUAAGACAGCAGGAAAGCACUCCCCGGAUGUGAUGUCUCUUGAAACACUGGAAAACACUUGUGAGCCAGAGGACCUCUUUGAUGACAUCUAGCUAUGUGUUGGCUGAGAAACUGAGAGACUGGUGCUGCACAUCAUGUUGAGCUAUAAAACUAAAAGGCUUUGUUAUACACUCAGCUGAAAUCUUUAUGGUAUGUGAUGACAUAUUGCUCUAAUCCUCUUGCACUGCCCUUAUUCCCAUCCUUCACUAUGCGGCUGCAGAUCUCUUGGUUUCCUAAGGCUUUGUUUGUGCCAGCCUUGAAAUCAGUUCAGCCUCUAUGCAGAGCUUUUAUCACAUUUAUGUGGGAAAAGAGAGCACGCUCACAACAUUUUUACAUCAUGACAGUCUUUGGCUGCUGACUGUAUCCAGGAUCAACUGUUUUUCAGAUGUCCCCAGUGAUUCAGACAAAAGGAAGACUUAAGGAUACCACUGUACUUACCUUAUAUACUACCCCUUUCCUGAGGAGCUCAGCUUAGACAUGGUCUAGCUAAUUCAUCCUUGACUUUAAAUGAGAUAUAUAUCUUUCAAAAAUGAAGUAUCCAGAGAAGCUACAUUUUUAUUUUAUUUGAAGAUUCUUUGUAGUAUUGUACAUUACAAGGUACAUUCUUGCAUUUGGGAAUAAAGUUUAAGACUGAAUCUAUUUUAAGCUUCUGUAGAAACUCGUAGCCUUUAAAAUUGAUGUUUUCAUAUUUCAUGAUUUUUCCUAAUUAUUUUUCUAAAACAAUAAAAUG